AUGCAGCCGAUCAAAUCGUUCUACCUGUUCUCGAAGCUGUUCGGGCUGUGCCCGUACCCGCUCGAUCCGACCGUACCGGUCAACACGCGGGCCAGCUACGUGAAGCAGCUGCUGCCAACGUACACGGUACUGCUGCUGUACUCCUCCUGCCUGGUGAGCAUCUUCUGGCAGAGUGGCAACACGUCCGACAUUUCCAACGCCGCUAAUUGGAUACAGUUCAUUCCCAACUCAUUCGCGUACGUCUUUUCGCUCGUCUUUGCCAUCCGGCAUCGUACGAUGGCGAACGAAAUUUUGACCACCUUCGCCAUCGCCGACGAUAAGCUGCGAACGCAGUUUGGCAUUUCCUUCACGAUGCCAAACGUCAAAAUGAGACGCGUAUCCAUCCUGGCUUGCAUUGUCACCAUGACCUGCGGCAGUACCAUCGGGGCGCUCACUUAUUUGAUCGGAGUUAAUUGGAAUCGUAUAUGGACGUUGCUUUAUUGGAUCGCCUUCUGUAUGCCAAAGUUUGGAUUGCUUCUGUUCAGUUUCCAGUUCGCCGGCUGUAUCCUGUACCUGUCGGACCGGGCCAUGCUGCUGCUGAGAGGCAUGAACAAUUUUCCGGUUGGUGUGGAAAACCUCGCCCUGCAGCCGCAAACCCACGGCCACGCGCCGCAGUACAAAACGCUCAACAUGGCGAUGGGCGGCAACCAUCUGCCGAGCAUGCACGAGGGCAAGCUGAACCGGCUGACCACGCUCGCGACCAUCAAGAUCCGCGCCAUCAGCCCGCUCGACUCGAUCCAGCACAUCCGCGAGGUGGUCGAGCUGCUGCAGGACCUGUCGGUCAAGAUAAACCACUGCUUCGGCAAGCAGGCCAUCUUCUCGCUGCUGUCCGCGUUCACCUGCGUCACGGUGCAGCUGUACUACAUGCUGAACCACAUCAAGUCCGGCUUCACCGCGUCCCGGUCCGAGAUCUAUGCGCUCGCGUCCUGCAGCCUGCUGUUUCUGCACGGCAUCGAGUUUUGGUCGCUGUUUACCAGUGGCGAGAAUGUGCGGCUCAAGUGGAAAAAGGUGAUCAAUUUCCUGUUCUUCAUGAAGUCCAAAUCGGCCGACGAUGACUUUCGCACCAAGGUGGACGAUCUGAUUUCGUUCAUGGUGACGAAUCCGCUCGAGUUCAAUGCGUACGGGCUGUUUCCCAUCGAUCUGUCGGUGCUGACGGGGAUUGCUUCCUCCAUCACAACGUAUCUGAUCGUGCUGAUACAGUUCAAAAUAUCCGAGGAGCAGUCCAGCGGCUAUGACGAUGAUUCGGACGAGAAAAGUCAGAUCCAGUAUUCAGCACACUAG